AUGUCGGAGUUGCUCGAAUUAAAUUUUCGCACAAUAGACGGAAGGAAUUUUUCUUUACAUCUACCUGAGGACUUGGAGGUGUCUGCAUUGUUAGAGUUGGUUGCUGAGUCACUGCAGCAGCAGGCUCCUGCUGCUGAUGCUGCUGCUGCUCCUGCUGCUGCUGCUCCUGCUGCUGCAGAUGCUGCACCUCCCCCUGCAGCAGCAGCAGCAGCAACAACAACAAACCUAAGACUCAUAUUCAGAGGACAGGCGCUGCAGCCGCAGCAGCAGCUGCAGCACUACCGCAUUCGUUCAGGACAGACUAUUCAUGUAGUGCAGCGGCCUGCUGCUCCACAGCAGCAGGAGCAGCAGCAGUCGCAGCAGCAGCAGCAGACGCAGCAGCAGCAAGAUGAACAAAGACAAUGGACACAAUUCCCCCUUCAUGGAGGAGCCUUCGUAGUCGCCCCAGGAAACUUUGGCUCUGAAGGAGCAGAUACGCAAAAUGCCUUACCUCAAGAUCUUGUUGGGGCAAAUACAGAUCCUAACCUUGUAGCAGCACUUACUGCUGCUGGCGAGUCGCUUCUUGCUGCUGCUGCUGCUCUUAAUGAACGCGGUGGCCCUGCAGCAGCAGCAGCAGCAACAGCAGCAACAGCAGCAGCAGCAGCAGGAACAACAGCAACAGCAGACUCGCUUCCAUGGCAAUCAUUGGACAGGCUGCAGGAGGCUCUGGCGGAGGAGACAGGCUGGGUUCCUCAGCAGCGCAAUGAAGUAGCAUCACCAGCAGCAGCAGCAACUGGUGCUGCUGGUGCUGCUGGUGCUGCUGCUGCUGCACCACAGGAGCAGCAGCAGCAGCAGCUGCUGACGUUCUUAUCCGAGUUUUCUGCUGCAGCAAAUGUGCUGCUGGCUUUGCUGCAGCAGACACAAAGAUGGCAAGCAGGAGCCAGCGUGAUUACAACUGGAGCCCUAGGACGCACCGCUGCUGCAGCAGGUUGGCUUGCUGCAGCAGCAGCAGGCCUAUCCAGGCAUCUUGCCAUGCUGCCGCAGCAAACCCAGCAGCAGCAGCAGCAGCAACAGCAGCAACAACAACAACUGCAGCAGCAGCAGCAGCCCGAUCAGCAAGCCGCUCAACAGCAGCAGGCGCCCCAGGAGGAGCAGCAGCAGCAGCAAACACCGGCUUUGCGACGCGACCACCAGCAGCAGCAGGAGGAGGAUCGAUCCAGCAGCAGCAGCAGCAGCAGCAGCACCGGAGAGUCUCGUGCUUACAAGCGGCGGCAGACAAAUGAGAGUGCAGCAGAAGCAGCAGCAGCAGCAGCAGCAGAAUCUGACUCCUCAAUGCAGCAGCAGCAGCAGCAACGGUUGUCUGAGGAUCAGUAUGAAGAUUGCAAGGAGACAGGAAGCGUAGAGGGAGACGAGGAGCCACAAGAAAUGCAGCAGGAACAGCAGCAGCAGCAGCAGAGACAGCAGCAGCAACAACAACAACAGAGGCAGCAGCAGCUCCAGCAGCAGCAGCAGCAGCAGCAGCAGCUCCAGCAGCAGCGGCAGCAGCAAGCGCAGCAGCAGCGGCCAAAUCCUCAGGCUGGUCUUGCAAAUAUGAUGCAGAGUAUCCUUGCUGCUGCUGCUGCACCUCAGCAGCAAUCGCAGCAGUCGCAGCAGCAGCAGCAGCAGCAGCAACAACAGCAGGAUGCAGAGGCACUGGCGGAGCUGCCUAAGGAAGCGCAGCAACUAUUCACCUAUUGGACACAAGACCUCAGGGAAUUCUCAAGAAAUAUUCUAUCUAUAUCAAGAAGAAGGCCAUUUAGCUGCGCAUACACCGGGCAAACCCUCGGACAUAAUACAGAGGCAGCAAGAGCUUCUUUCUCCCUUAGAUGGCAUGCUGCUCUUAACAGCGUAGGUGCAACAGAUGAGCAGCGCCCUGCUCCUCCUGAAUUAGAGGAGGAAUAUUUGCUGCUGCUGCUGCGUGAUGCAGCAGCAGCAGCAGCAGCAAACCCUGAUUUCCAUGAGCAGCAGGAAAGAUAUCCUUUCCUUGCUGCUGCUGUGAGGUGUCUAGGCAGCUCUGCUACUUCCUCUCAACGAUCUUAA